AUGCAUCAUCAUAUUUCAUGUUUUUUCAUCCGUAUUAGACCAAGCGAACACACACUUGUGUGGUGUGGCGUUCGCGAAGACCUCAGUGGUCUUUAUCCAAAGGACAAAGAAUUCGCGUGGUGGGCGUUCAGCUCUUGUACCGCUUCGAUGAGCGUUCUUGAAGCUCCAAAUUAUUUGGGAAAAACAGGCACAGGAACAAUGUUUUCUAUUCAAACCAGCAGUGGAAAGGAUAUACGUGCACAUUCAUAUUUUAACAAUGAAGAUGAAAUUCUCCUUCCACCCGGUAUUUAUCUCAAAGUAAUUGACAGCGUAAGUCAACCUGGUGGCCUGCGCAUAAUUCAUCUUCGAGAAAUUCCACCACCAUUUAAAAUGCUUGACGAUCCUUUUGAUCUUAGCCAAUUGAAAACGACGCCGCCAGAAUCCAAACCAUUAUUAAACAUAUUCAAAGCUCCAACAGAGCAAGAAAAAUAUGCAUCGACAAAUGUCACAACAAAAUCACCUGUACAAGCAUCUUCAAAACAAGGCAAGUUAGAUGGCAUGAUUUUCGCAGUUGUGACUUUCACAUUGGACUUUCAGCAAUCGCCAAAAGUUGUGUUUUUGUGA